AUGUCUUUUGAUAUACCUGGGUAUUUCCUGGACCUCAAGACCAAAAAGUACUUUAAAAUCACACCCCAUGGUCCUUAUAGCCUGCCUGAACUUCGCAAACGAUUAAAACGAGAAGAAGAAGAAGAGAGACAAGCAGCGGCAUUGGCCUUGGCUUCCAAACGUAUCAACGCAAAUCACAUCAGUAGUCAGCAUCGGAAACCCACUCAUUUCAGCCAAUUCCUUCGACAGAGAGCUACGCUUAGUGCCAUGGAUCGUAUGGAUAGUGGAAUGCGGUUUUUAUUGACUCGAUUAAAGACAAGAUCGAGUGUCCAUCUGCAUGGACCCAGCAGCAUUUACAACAAUAUGCUUGUAGCCAUGACACCCCAUCAUGCGGACGACUAUGGAGAGAUGUUUAUAUCAAAUCGAUGCAGUUUACAGCAUUUUGGAUAUCAAGUGGACCCUCAGUUCAGUUUGUGGAAAGUAGGGCAGGAAUUGACGGAUAAUUCAGAUGCUCAAUCCAUGCAUGUGGGAUAUCGGUUAUUUGACAUGAAUGGAUACCCAUGCAGAUCAGUAAUCGGCACAACUGGAGGAUUGUUGUGGUUCCGUGCGUUUCCCGUGCUACCUCCGUUGCAUAGGGAAGAAGUGCAGCAUAUGUUUAUGCAGAAUGGAUCCAUACGACAGCAAGGCCGAAUUUACGAAUGCCCUGGAUCUUACGCUGGACACUGUAUAUCGCUCUCAUUACAAGAAUAUGCACAAGCAAAGGACUUGUUUUGGUCCUCGGAUGUAGAUGAUCAACAUGACACCAUUGUGGUGGGCGGCGACAAGAAGAUCUAUCAACUCAACAAUACCUUUCAUCUGAAGCAAUCCAGAAAGAUGAAAUCAUCCGUCUUUGCAUGCCAUAUUCCCAAGUCGCAACCUGAUCACUGCUGGAUUGGAUUACGGAAUGGAAAGGUUCACAUGGUGGAUUGGAGAAGCCCAAUGACACCGAGAGACAAAGCGAGCCAGCACGAUUUUACACAAUCCUCCUCCGUAUACAAAAUUCAAACGCUAGAUAAUGUGAGGACAGGACAUGAAUUGGUGACACUUGCCAUGGAUGGAUCCAUCGAUGUAUGGGAUGCUCGACAACCCAUCAAAAAGAGGAAAUCGAAAAGAUCUGGCCCGCUUUACUCUUUGAAGGGACAUGUCAAUGCAAGCAGUCGCCACUUGGGAUUCGACAUUGACACAGAGAACCAGCUGCUGGUGGCCGCUGGAAGCGAUCAUUGUGUGCGCAUCUGGUCUCUACAACGGCGCAACAAUGCAUUUGAUCCCAUGUGGACUUCUGAAAAGUACCAAGCACCCAUACCCGCUGUCAAAUUCAUGACAGCUGCAAAUACAUACCCAAAAUUGCAAGACGGUUGGUCUAAUCUAGUACCAGAUUCUCUGCUCUCAAGGAAGCCUCCUGGUAUCAUGCUCUUUGGCACAAGCAAAGAAUCGAAUCAAGUGCGAUCUAUUGAAUGGAUGACAUCUGUCAAGUAA